AUGAUAGAGAACAAGGCCGAGACCCAGGGCCAGAGCCGGCGUGAAAGUCGGCGUAUAUCUACGGCAGACGAUGGUUGGCAAAGCAUCCCGCCUGUGAGCGACAGUAUGGAAGAAUUACAGGAGGAGGAUGCUGCCGCCAGCGAUAUGCCCAUAGUGGUGCACGCCGAGCAGGUGGAAGAUAAGAACGCAUCAGCCUCAUGCGAGGUGACGAUGAGUGAUACCGGGGUCGAAACGGCGAUGAACAGUGACGGAUCUGCACCGUUCACAACCUCUGACAGCCAACUUCAGCAGACCGUUCCUGGGGCUAUCCAGACUGUGUUCGAUCCACCGCCGGUAGCCGAAGCCUCCGUGGAAUCGAUCAUCGAGUGCGCGCUGGAGGAUACCAGCGUUAAAGGAACUGACCAGCAGGACGUCGAAGAAGUCAUGGGCAACAUCAUCAGCCAUUUGCGUGCAUCCGUGAAGGCGACAGGUGAAGAUGUCGCCACGGGCGUGCAACGUGAUCCGAUCACCGACACUUUUUUCUGGACAAGUGCAACGUAUAGCCGGUCCGACCGCAACGGAUCCUACAACCGUCAGGUUGCGCCAAACCGCUGGGUGACAGCGUUUCCUGCGGAAGACAAGAAGAUCGGUUUGCUGCAGGCACUUAGCAACAGCUUCCAGCGCGAAUUCAUCACUCAGGGCACUUGGUACGAGCGGUUCACAUCGAUCGUGGGCUUGCCGCCAAUCUUACACAUUCACAUUCAGCGUUCCAAAGGAGAUGGUACAAAAAACAAGAGUUUAGUCGACAUCCCUCAGGCCCUGCAUCUGGACCAGUUCAUGGACUGUGACGAGGGAUCCGAUCUGUUUAACAGACGUCGCCACGCGUGGAAUAUCCAGGAACGGAUUCGGUCGUUGAAGGGCCCCAACGGCGAAAAUCCUUAUAUUAGUUUCCUACCGGAUGCCGUGGGCAAGGCUGCUGCGUACACUGACAUGAUUGUCAACGAGCACCUGCACCAACACGCGGAGAAGAAGAACACCCACGAUGACCUCGAAAGGGCGGGCGCGUCUUCCGAUAACGAGUUCGACAGUGAUGACGGGGAUUAUGAUAUGAUCGAUGACGAUGUCAAAGAGCUGUUGCGCGAGAACGACGUCGUUUUCGAGCUCUCCGCAGUCCUUUCAGGCCGAGGCCAGGAAAUAGAGACACAACUGGACACAAACCUUGACCAGAGAUGGAGCAACGAGGCAACUAAACAGUUCCUAGACGGAGCGCGCCACCUAACCAGAGAAGAUGUUCAGAACAGCUGGGCGCAGCAGGAUAGUGUGCUUCAUUGCAACGACAUCAUGCGCAAUGUGCAACAAAUACGGGCAGAGUAUGAGCAAGAAUUGGAAGGACUUUUUGCCGACCUGAAGGCGCCGCAAAACAAGUAUCUACUGCAUGCGGUCAUCUGCCACUCUGGAAACACUGGAAAAGCCGGCCACUACUGGGUGUGGAUUUACGACUUUGAGCGGGGCCUGUGGCGCAAGUAUAAUGACAAGGCUGUCAAGGAAUUUGCAAACACGGAUGUCGUCAUGGCCGAACUGUCCAACGGAGGCGAACCCUACUACCUGGCAUACGUGCGAGCAUCGGAUGUCGAAAAGUAUGUGGGAGUUUCUCUCCGGAAAGAGCGCUCACCGUCACCGGCCGUACCUCCGGCUCCACCACGACCGCAGCCCCGGUUGCUGCCGACGAUUCCCGAGGCGACACCGGCACCGCCAGGAAGCAAUUCCGAGCCACACCGUCUCAUAACGCCCCCGCAGGAAGAAGGCGAGCCUGAAGACCCAUCAAUCGGCGGCUUCGAUGGCCAGAGCGAUGGCAAAACACUUCAACAGCAGGCUCUUGUACAGGUUCGCGCAUCAACGCCAAUUAGCGAUGGACAGACGAAGUAG